CAGAUCUCAGGCUGUUAUACUUCAUCCGAACAGACUUCUCGUGAACUAUUCCUUCGGACGAAAACACAACUGGAACUUCUGCCACACGAUUCCGGUAAGUUGUUUGGUUUUAAAAAAAAAAAUUAAAAUUACGCAUUGCUGUUGUCUUCUGAUGUUGGGAUUUCCACGCAUUUGAGUGCUAGAAAAGAACGGUUGGAAUAAAUUUUUGUCUCAAAUUUAUGAAGAUAUAUUUUUCCUAAGCCAAAUCGAAUCAUAAAUUCGCACAGAUUUCUGAUCCUCCCAAACCAGCAUUUUUCCUUUGCCUUUUUAGACGUUUUAUGUCAUGAAGUCAGAAGAGUUUAUCAGCUAAGGCACUUCCGUUAGUUUCCUUCUCUGGUGAACGAUGACAUGCACUGAGCGGAAUAGUGUUAAAGAAAUUUAAAACAGCAUCAUGUCUUCCAAAACGGUUAUUAGUACUAGAAGAGAAACUGCCUGAAGGAUGUUGAGUUGUCUGUGAUUCCGAACGGCUGAUCUUAACUUUUUCCCUUUUUGCCUAAACCAGGAGGAAGGAACAUGGAUUCUAAAAGUGGCGAACAAACUACUUUUUCUAAACGUACAUUGUCUACAAGCUACGAACAGAGUUUAGAGUCGAACAAACCUGACACAGCACAUCACCUUACGCUCGCUCCUAUGGUACAGCAAGGAACUACCACCGAGCCACGCUCCAAGUGAGUAAUUUUCCAUCUCAGAUUCAGUAUUGGAUCAGGUACUUUAGGAAAAAACUUCAUAGGAAAGAGGAUUUCGAUUGAAAAUUUUUCCGUCAUGAAACUUUCAUGACGGUCUCUUUCGAAGGUCCAAAAAUAUGUUUAGGUGUUUCCCGGAUUCAUUAGAGGAAAAUAGUGGAGUUCCUAUGUUUCGUUUCCAAACGUCUUCUUCAGUUCCACUCGGUUUUUUAAUUUUCUGAGAAUGAAAUGUCAGAAGUUUUAGCUUUCCGAGUGAAUCGCUUUCAUGCUUUUUUCUAUUAAUUUAUUCAAUCUUGAGAUGAAAAAAAAAAACACUCAAACAAAAAAUAAAAAAUAUAUAAACAAAUAAAUAACAGAAAUGGGUAAAAAAAGGAAAGGAAAAAGGGGAAAAUACAGAGCUAAAAACAAACAGAACGAAAAGCAAAAAACUAGCGAAUUUGAACCUUACAUGUUAUUAGUUAAAAACGCUUAAUCUUAUUUGUUUGUUUAUGACUUAAUUUAUAUCCUGACAAAACGGAGUUUUCGUAGAUUCUUCCAUAUAAUUCGUUCAUUCCAUUACAUGAAGGCUAAGCACAUCAGAGAUAAUCAAACGGUUCGAUUUAACUCCAAAGAAAGAGUAUUGGUCCUAGAAGUUGUGAAUAAACUUUCAUAGCCGAGAUGGUAAUCUUUAGAAUGAAGUAAAUGAAGAGAAAUAAAGAACUAUUCAGAUCAUUAAUCCUUCUGAAAUUCCGUCCAACUAGCCUUGUGAGGUAGACUUAACCCAUGGAAACGAUAUUUUGUGACUUUCCAAUCCUCGAUCGAUAUGGUCAAUGUAUUCGGGUGCUUACUCUUAUCCUUUGAUACUGAUGUUAUCCAAAGGGAGGGAUCAUCUCCCAGCCAGUUAUUCUAAAAAUAGACAAGCCAAAAACACAAAUCAUGGCAAACAGAGAAGAAACUAAGAGUAAAGAAAACCCCCAUUUUAUAGUAUAGUUAGAUAGUCGCCCUUUAACCAUUGGAUCUCGGAAAACGGAAUUUUUCAGCGUUAAUUUUGCUAAUUGAAUAGUUUCUUUAACACCCCUCCACUAAGCCAACACUAGGUACUUACUUCUCACUUAGGGCAAAAUGUUGGCUAAGGGGAGGGGUAGGUGGGCAGUUUCCCAGAAACGCUUAAUGAUCUGAUGGUGAGGAGCUUUUCUUAGUCUCAACUACAGUCAAAUCCCCCUUAAUGCGAACACCCCGUUAUUACGGACAGUCUGCUUUGUCCCUGAGGAAACAGAGCCCUUACAUUUUCUCCAAAUUCAACCCCAUUAAUAAGGGCAGGCCAUUAAUACGGACACGUUCUUUAACCCCCCCCACCUCUCAGUGUCCCGCGUAUUAAAGAGGUUUGACUGUAUCAUAGUAGAAUCAACAUACAUGUCUUCAUGAUUUCGUAAAACAUAAUGACUAAAUUCUCUUUCCUUAUUUUCAGUUUUCCUAUGGUGCAUCCUGACGUUAUGGAGAGACCAUUGUUUCACCCAUCUGCUUUUCAUCCUGUUCAUCACUUGCCCCCAGGCUUUCUCCACUUCAGCCCCGCUCACGGCAUAUUUCCUCCCAGGCCUCUCUCUUCCCCGUACUUGACAGGAUCACCGCACAGCAACGUCCCUGCUUAUGGUCCUCCACCCCCGGUACUUUAUGGUAACGGAGUACCAUUUCUACACUCAGUGCCACCUUACAUGCACAAGUUAGUAAACCCAGCAGUUGUCGUAGCCAAUAGAAAUACGCCUAGAGAGCACUUUGCUUCGGAUGACGGCCCUAAAAAGUGUCCCGUCUGUGGAAAGUCGUACGCCAGGAUGUCCACUCUGAGGCUUCAUCUACGCACUCACAGCGGCGAGAAACCAUAUCAAUGUUUGGUUUGCUUGAAAUCCUUCUCGCAAGCUGCCAAUCUCACUGCGCAUUUUCGCAUUCACUCCGGCGAAAAGCCCUUUAAAUGCCACAUUUGUAACCGCCAGUUCUCCCAGUCUUCAUCUGUCACUACGCACAUGCGCACACAUAAUGGGGAACGACCUUACCGAUGCCACAUUUGUACCAAGGCCUUCGCGGAUAGCAGCACUCUUACCAAACACAUGCGCACGCAUACUGGCGAAAAGCCAUACCAAUGCGAUAUCUGUUUUCAGCGGUUUUCCCAGUCAGGGAAUCUUAAUCGCCAUAAGCGCAUUCACAUGGACCUGUGA